GAGCGCGCGCGCAUACCGACAGCCGGCAUUACCGGUUGUGAAUUGUUAUGCAGUCGUAAAAAAUCUGCCGGAAAAUUCCUAGCGUCUGCGCGUAAAAUUUUUCGAUCGUGUGCCGUCAGACGUGAGCUCCAUUAAAAAAAAAAUUCGAUCUUCUCACUUAUGUACGGCGCGCUCAUGACCUUUUAGUACUCAGCCGUCGUAAGCCCCAAAGUCCGUGACUUUUAGAUCGAGAAAAACUUUUCUGAGAUGGAAAAUUGGAAUCAACUCGUUGAUGUAUCAUUGCAGAAGAUCGAAAGAAUUUUCGAUGUUCCGGGGAAUGUGAGGACGCCAUUGGUGAAGAAACGUACGCUUCAUACGCCACAAGCGCCAAAGAAGGUCAAGAAAUCUCAGAUUCGAAGAGAGGGUUUGAAGCCUCGGAAAUUAACUUACGAGAAUGAAAAUAUUAAAAGGACGGAUGAAAAGUCAAACAAAGUGUGGGAGGACAGUGGAAUCACCCUUUGGGCAACAACGAGCUCGACACUAAGAAUGGACGACGUCGACAAAGAGAAUCGUCCUGAAUCCGAGAACAUCGUUUCAAAUUCCCAAUCGGACAAUGUUGAGCCAGGAAGUUUAAGAGAUAAAUUGAACCAUUGGAUGGCAAUAAUACGUAAUGCAGUUAAAUUUAAGUGACCAAUAUUUUCAUUUUCAUUCGAUACAUAUUAAUGAACCUCACAUUUUCUAUUUCUUAAUGGAAGAGAUAUAAAUUUAUUUAUUUAAUUUAUGUGACAAGAGAUAGAGUACUGUAAUUGUUAAAUCAGUUAAAGUAUUUAUUUAUUUGUUUGUUUUGUUUUUUUUUUGUUUUUUUUUUUGUUUUUUAAUUGUAAAAUUUCAUGAUACGCGAAUGGGUAAAGUGAGCUUGACCUCGUGACGGAGUUAGCAUAUAAAAUAUUGGAAAAAAGGUUUCACGUGCAAUGAUGAAGUAAGCUUGCCGAAAUAAAAGAACAGCGGUGUGUCGUUGCCAUGUCGGUGUGGAAAAACCCGUGCCCGCGGAUUAAUCAAAGUGCCCGCAAAUUCGAAGGGACUGAUUGAUAACGACCUAAUGCGCAAUAAUCAAGCAUCAAAGUGUCGCAAAGAUUUGCGCUCUGGUGAUUAAGUGCCGCGACGGGCACGCGAUCUUGUUUGCUUUUAAAGCCCCUCCAUAUUUAGCUGUGUAAUAACGUAUAUUUGUUUUGUUAAGCAAAUUAAAAUGCAGGCAAGCAUUAAUUAAAUUUUCACCGUAGCGAUGAGAAGUGUUUUCUCACUGUUUAAAUAUCCAAUAUUUAUUUUUCUUUUGUACAGCUUACUUUUCCUCGAAUCUAAGGAUUUCGUAUUAUUUCAAUAAAUGACA